GUUUGAAAUAUAUUUUAAUUUCAACUAAGUUUUAAGAACGGCCAUCUAAUGAUUUGGACGUCUGCACUGUGGUUUAUGUUUGCUGUUUUGGCGUCUUCAAUGUCUGCUAGUGAAAAUAGUUCGGAUGACUGGCCAUAUGUUAUUAAAGAUCACGUGGGUAUUAAAUUCCAGUCACCCGUGGAUAUAAAUACAAAAUACGCAGUGAGACGAUAUUUCCCAUUUUUACGUURUUUUGGAUAUUGGGCAUUUGAUAAGGCAACACUUGAAAUCACUAAUACUGGACAUACAGUUAACGUUAAACUGGCCAAUAAUUCUGAUGAUGUGCCGUUUAUYACCGGGGGGCCACUAUUCGAUAGUAAGUAUGAGUUCGAACAGAUGCAUUUCCAUUGGGGUAAAAAUGAUAUGGGAAGUGAACACAAAGUCAACGGGCACAAAUAUGCUAUGGAAGUUCAUAUUGUACAUUAUAAAAGAGAAUAUGGAAGUUUCAAAAACGCUCAAAAUUACAGCGAUGGUGUUUGUGUURUCGGAUUCUUUGGAGAAAUAUCAACAGAAGACAAUCGAGAAAUGAGUAAUUUUAUUGCAGAUUUAAAGUACAUAGUCAACCAAAACACGUCGAUAAUUCGAAGUUUUAAAGAAGAGUUCUCUUGGAUAAAGAAAACAGCUUUAAAACAACAUUACUUCGCUUACCCGGGAUCUCUAACAACUAAACCGUUCACAGAAUGUGUAAUCUGGAUAAUUUUUACUAAACCCGUUCUUAUAUCUAGGAGACAGUUAAUGAUAUUCAGAGAGUUACAUUCAAGUCAUAAUGGAGUAUUAAUAAACGAAAACGAUAGACCUCUUCAACCAUUCAAUAACAGAACAAUUGUUUAUGGAUAUUAAGCUUCAAAAACUUAUUUAAUUUGACACCGUCAUUAUUAGCGCCAAWAGAUUUAUUAUUACUUACUAAGUAUAAUACUUAGUAUUAUCUAAAAUAUUUCUAUCAAAGUUAAUAUUGAAGUGCAUUAUUUGAGUUUUGGUUUAUGAAUUAUGAAAUAUUAUCAAAAUUGAAAUAAAUUAUUGUUUGUAGAUAUUGA